ACUUCUUCCAAGACGCGCUGCGACUUGAGUUGCAGCUGAAAUGAAUCCGCCGCAGUUUGUGCACUAGCUCCCGGCGCGGAUGUAGCUCGGCGCUUCCUGUUGCGAGUCAAAAAGGAGGACAACUAAAACUGAAACACCGAGAUGUUUACCGCACGCAGCCUUGGUAGGAUUUCUCUGCGAAAGAAACGGCCGAAGAAGAAAUACGACCCGCUAGACACCACCAUGAAGUUGGUCGACAGGAGUGAUGACCUGGACCCAGUGUCUUCAGAGGACGGCGGUGGCGGCCUCAGAGCAGAGAUGUCCUGCGGCCACGCCAUCACCCCCAAAUCUCUAACGGGGUGGUGUCGCAGCAAGCUGGAUGAGGGGAACUACGAGUUUCGAUGCCCAGCGUUGGUUGAGGGGACAGAACUGUGCAACAAACCGUGGACGUACCAAGAAGUGCGCAGGCUGGCUGAUCUGUCCAUUAAGGAAAUGCAGCACUUUGAAGACACCAUGGCUCGUCUGGCUGCCGCAGACCACGGUGAAAUUCAGAGUUGCCCGCAGUGCAAUACAAACAUGGAGAGAAAGAAUCCCGCCAACCUGUGCGUCCUGUGCACCAUAUGCACCGCCGAUCGGAAGAAGAAUUUCCUGUUCUGCUGGCAGUGUCGGAGGCAGUGGAAGGGUCGUUCCCCCCGACUCGACCGCUGCGACAACGACGGCUGUGCCAACAAGGACCUGCAAGUCCUGCAGAGGUGCAAGACCAUGAGCCUGCCAGACGUUGAGGGCGUCACCAGUUGCCCAUCCGUCCGGUGCUGUCCAACGUGCGGCAUGAGGGUGGAGCAUAACCAGCAAUUCUGCAAAAACAUCGCCUGUCCCCGCUGCCAUGUUGAGUUCUGUUUCGUCUGCCUGAGAGUGAAGCGCGAGUGUUGCCAGACCAGUUCACCGUACAAAAUCUGUGCCACUGGUGUGGCCCCGAGACAGACUUCCAUCGCCAUAUGGAAGAGAAAAUGAAAACGGAAACAAGGCAAAGAUUUUCAUAUGAAUAAAUGUCUUUUAAUUCACUAUCUGUCGCUGAAUGAGGUAAAUUGGUGAUUCAGUCCAUGGCCUAUUGGUGAAUGUACUGCAGUAUUUAUGUAUUUGCAGUGUUAUAAAUUGGGUCUGUGGCGACAUCCCUUGGGAAAAAAAGCUCUAUUAAGUUGUUGCUAAUGCAAACCGAACGUUUCCUACUGUUGCUGCUUCACAUUAAAAACAUUUAACUGGCGAAA